AGUUUUGCGGACGGAGUAAACGCUACAACAACGUGUUUAGUGUGUUGUUGAUGGGAGCGGACGACGACGACUUCUUUUGCUGAUCGGUCAAUUAAACAGUCUGUCGAUGGUGUUAUAGAUCAUUUACAGAAUAAAAUAAAAAAAGUAAACUUUUUUUCGUUGAAUAUUUUUUGAUGACGAAGUUUUAAUAAAACAAACAAACUUUGAUGACAUUGCUUGCUGCUGCUGUUUGCUGUUACUUUAGCCAAGAAAAGACCUUGAGGUCAUUAACGUGAAAUAACAAACGACAACAAAUAAAAUAAUAAAUCGUCUACAAAUAAUCAAAAUAAAUAAUAGUGCAAAAUUACCCGGUGCAAAGUGUGAAAAAAAAGAGAGAAAAAUAAUAAAACUAAUAAAUAAAGAAAAUAAUUGAAAUAAUUUGCAUAAAUUAUCCAAAAAAAUAAUAAUAAUAUAUAAAUAAAAAAGACUUUUUCAAAAAAAGCAUAAUUUCCUUUAUUAGAACUACAUAAAAUUUGGAAGAUUUUAUAAAAUUCUAUAGAAAAAUAAAAAUAUUUACUUAACGAAAUUAAAAAUUUAAAAAUAUUAAACGGAAAAGUGAACGCUUAUAUGUAAUUUGAGAAAUAACAAAAAGUCAUUAACCUGCCAGAAGACGUUCUAUAUAAGUGACUUCCACCCGGUUCAACAUUAUGCAUAUACCACAGAAAUUUUAUUGGAAAUAAUCAGCAAAAUGCAAGAGUAAUAAUAAAUUUAUCAAAUGCCUUAAUGAAAGUAAAAUACAAACAAUUUCAGAAGCGAAAGAAUAGCAAGACAAAAAAAUGUUUGCCAAAAAUAAUAUGACCAAGCGUAAAACGCUUAUUUUUGCCUGUUUUGGCAUUGCCAUUGGCCUUUGCAUUGGUACAGUAUUAAAAAAUUAUCGCGCCCUGGAAAUAGUGAAACGUUGCAGUAUGAAGCCGACCAAUCAGAAAACACCCUUUGAGAUUAUAGGUCUAAAACCAGAGGAUAAUAUACAAAAUUCACAAAAGAAUUUAGUAUUUGUGGGUGUGAUGACAGCGAAAAAUUUCAUAGAAGGAAGAGCGAGAGCGGUCUAUGAUACUUGGGGUAAAGAGGUGCCGGGUCGUAUAGCUUUCUUUAGUUCAGAAGGUUCUUAUUCAGAUGAAAUGCCUGUAAUAGGUUUAAAGAAUGUCGACGAUCGUUAUCCACCACAAAAGAAAUCCUUUAUGAUGCUGUACUAUAUGUAUGAAAAUUAUAUUGAUAAAUUUGAAUGGUUUAUACGUGCCGAUGAUGAUGUCUAUAUAGAACCUCAGAAAUUGGAGAAGUUUUUAAGGUCUAUAGACAGUUCGAAGCCUCAAUUUAUAGGACAAGCUGGCAAGGGUAAUAGUGAGGAAUUUGGUUUAUUAUCUUUGGAGUUUGAUGAGAAUUUUUGCAUGGGCGGUCCGGGUGUUAUUCUCAGUAGUGAGACCUUGAGAAGAGUUGCCCCUCAUAUACCCACUUGUUUGAAAAACUUAUACAGCACCCAUGAGGAUGUGGAAGUGGGUAGAUGUGUUCAGAAAUUUGCCGGCAUACCUUGUACUUGGAAUUAUGAGAUGCAAUAUAUAUUACGCCAUAAUUCCAGUGGCCGUGCUGCCUUUACGGGCAAACUUAAACGCAAAGAAAUUCAUAAUGCCAUUUCAUUGCAUCCCAUUAAACAGGCUCCUCUUAUGUAUCGUUUACAUUCCUAUAUUCAGGGUUUGAAGGCUGAGGAAAUGCGCCAAGAAUCUUUAUUACUGCAUCGUGAUAUUAAACGUAUGGCAAAAUAUUUGGAAAUUCCCGAUGACAGUCGUUAUUUAGUGCCUGGUAUUCCUUUGAUUCCAGAAGAGGAGAAUAGCAAGCGUCAUUUUGAGGACCAUAAUAUAUUGGGCAUUAGUCCCGAUCUUAAUAAAUUCGUCCCCAAAUCAAGAGAUGAUCUACUGGAAUGGUCCUUUUUGGCGAGAAGUCUUUACUCUACCGAUCAUUCGAAUCCUAAACAUAAAAUCGAUUCAGCAAUGAGAGAAGGACUCGAAGAUGUCAUUACCGAAGUAAUGGAAAAUAUUAACAACUAUUCACGACAACGUGGUAGAGUUAUUGAAUUUCGUGAAUUAUUAUAUGGUUAUACAAGAUUAAAUGCUUUACAUGGACAAGAUCUUAUAUUGGAUUUAUUGUUGAUUUAUAAGAAAUAUAGAGGUAAAAAGAUGACGGUACCGGUAAGAAGACAUUUAUAUGUGCAGAGAGCUUUUACGGGUAUAUUUAUAAAGGAAUUUGAAGAGGAUUUCUAUAAUACCACUUUGCAGAAAAGUUUCUUUAAGAAUAUUUUAAAUCAAGGUGUAGAAAGUUUAUCAAAUCAUUUCUCUAUACCCGGUUUAUUAGCGGCCGGUAAUCCUACCGGCAGUGUCAAUUCUAAAAUUGUAUUCGUUUUACCUAUAGCGGGACGUUUAACUACAUUUAAACGUUUUCUGGCUACUUAUGAGCGAGUGGCCAUUGAAGAGGAUAAAAAUUGUGAUUUACUAGUGGUAAUCUUUGGCUCUUUGGUGGAUAUACAAGAUCAUUUGGCCGAAAUAAGAAGUUUAAAAUAUCGACAUGUUUAUCAACAAAUCAAUUAUAUACACCGCCAGGAGGACUUCUCUAGAGGAGUGGCUUUAGAUACAGCAGCUCGCUCUUCCUAUAUACAAGAAGAUAAUAUCAUACUUUUCAUAGAUGUGGAUAUGGUUUUUAAAUUGGAAACCUUACAACGUAUACGCAUGAAUACUUUACAAGGAAAACAGGUUUAUUUGCCUAUCGUAUUUUCCCAAUACGAUCCUAAAAGACAACAGCAACAACAAAUACCAGCCGAUGAAAUAACCAAUGAAUCGGGUUAUUUUCGACAAUUUGGUUUUGGCAUUUGUGCCAUUUAUAAAUCUGAUAUUUUAGAUGAAAAUAUUAAUGGUUUUGAUAAAGAUAUUACAGGUUGGGGUUUGGAGGAUGUUAAAUUUCUAGAGAAGAUAGUUAAAAAUGGCAAUCGUCAAAAUUCAUUUAUGAUUAAUACCGCCGAAGUUUCCGAAGAUUAUAAUUUAAAGGCCUCACAAAUGCGUAGACUGACAAUAUUUCGUGCUCCUGAUCCUAGUUUAGUGCAUAUUUAUCAUGAUAUUAGUUGUGAUAUUAACUUAGAGACUGCUCAAUAUAAUAUGUGUUUGGGCACAAAAGCCAAUUCGUUGGGUAGUACGCGUCUUAUGGAACAUUUAUUUUAUAAUAAUGCCGAUAAUAUAGAAUUUAUUAAAGAAUUUAAUCGUAAAAAAGAAAUUAGAUAGUAAGAGGAGGGGGUAGUAUUUCUUUGUGGUAGAGAUUAUUUGCACAAUAUUUGUUUUUAAAUUAAAAAGUAAAAACGGUUAAGUUCCCAUUUUAAGAGAAGAGCAAAAAAAAGUAUUUUCAAAGAAGGGGGAGAAAAAAGGGUAAAAUAUAAUUUUGUAGUCCGACAAAUUUUCUAAAGACAAGUUUGUCUGAUAAGAAAUUUUCUAAACAACCUAGUUUCUCUAGCCAACCUUUAAUGUUCUCCUUAUCUCCCUGACCUUCUCAAAAUACACAACAUAAAAAAAGUAUUAAAUUAAUCAUAAAAUAAACAUCUUAUAACUUAAGUUUGCAAGUAAAGAAAAAAGAGAAAAAAUAUUUGUAUUUUAAAGCCAAAUUUUUUUUAUUGCCUUAUUUAUGAAAAUUUAAUUUAAAAAGUAACGAAAAAGUAAUAAAACUUAUUAAAUAAGUUUAUUGUUUGUUUUAGCAAAUAAGUAAAGAAAAAUUCAUAUUUUAAGUUAAAACCUAAAAAACGGAAUUGCAUUUUUUUUAUACAAAACUCUGUACACCAACGUACUGGUUUCAUAUUAUCAUAUUUAAAAAAAAAAAAAUAAUUUAAUUAUUU